GUCAAACAGAAAUGCAGAGUAAUAUUCUGUACUAGUAUAAAUACUUGUUAAACUGCAAACUCUCAUCAAACAAAUUCCUGGACCUGCACAUUGGAUAAUAAUACCCUGCUAUUUGGCCUAUCUCUACAAUCAAAAACGUGUUCAACCUACUCAUCUACUGAUCGGGAUGUCAGCUGGUACUCCGGACACUCCCUCAACCACCCUCUACAUUAUCUACAACGCCAAAUCGAGCCUGCUGGGCAAGAUCAAUUAUGUUUAUCGCAAAAGCACCUGCCCAGAUCCUGCUACGAAACCGGCCUGUGCUGCGUGCGAACUGACGCAUGGAGUCUCACUACGAUUGGCCGAAAGCGCGGAAUGGAAGGCCACCAAAGCGCGUAUCCUCCAUGCGACCAUUAUGCAACUUCACACGGAUGAACUCCCACCGGCGCUGGCGGACUGGAUACGACAGGCCAAAGUGCAGACGCCAGCGGUUGUAGUCCAACCAGACGUCGCUUCCACGGACUUCCAGGUGCUGUUGACGUCGGAAGACCUGGCUCGGGUGCGUCUCGACCACGGGGCGUUUCUCCGAUUACUUCAAAGUCGGGCGAGUGAAGCCGGAGUUCAAGGAAUCGAAGUGGCCGCCCCACCGUCCGAUCUAUAACUAUGUACAUAUGUAUAUACUUCGCAUGGAGUCCUCAGCUAGCGGUUAUGGAAUCAUUUAGGGCUGCAACAUGGGAACUGAGAGUGUGGGCGGUAGGAAGGUUGUCGAGACACUAGUCUCUAUGUAGUUAGUCUCCAGCUUAGCGGCUCGGAUCUUCUUUGAUCUGAUGCAGAGUUUUCAUCUCACUUCUCAUCCCACAAUUCUUUGGAUGAGAGGAGAGAGGGCAUGCACAUCUAUUGAGUUCACA